UCCGCGUGAGCCAGGUUGGGGUUUUCGCGCAUGCGUCCUUGUGUUCUCCGGAGAGAUCUGGGUGAUUGUGUUCUCGGUAACGAUCUGAGCUGUCCGCCACCAUGUCCCUGCACGGGAAACGGAAGGAAAUCUACAAGUACGAGGCGCCAUGGACCGUGUACGCCAUGAACUGGAGUGUGAGGCCGGACAAAAGGUUCCGCUUGGCUCUGGGGAGUUUUGUGGAGGAGUAUAACAAUAAGGUGCAGCUGGUCGGCCUGGAUGAGGAGAGCUCCGAGUUUAUCUGCAGAAACACCUUUGACCAUCCGUAUCCCACCACAAAGCUCAUGUGGAUUCCUGACACCAAAGGAGUAUAUCCCGACCUGCUGGCUACAAGCGGGGACUAUCUGCGUGUCUGGAGGGUUGGAGAGACGGAGACCCGCUUGGAGUGUUUGCUGAACAAUAACAAGAACUCAGACUUCUGUGCACCUCUCACAUCUUUUGAUUGGAACGAAGUAGAUCCCAAUUUACUUGGAACUUCCAGCAUUGACACAACUUGUACCAUCUGGGGUCUGGAGACUGGGCAAGUUCUUGGCCGAGUCAACCUAGUGUCUGGUCAUGUGAAAACACAGCUUAUUGCUCACGACAAAGAGGUAUAUGACAUUGCGUUUAGCCGAGCAGGCGGUGGACGGGACAUGUUUGCAUCAGUGGGAGCAGAUGGCUCUGUACGAAUGUUUGACUUGCGUCACCUAGAGCACAGCACCAUUAUUUAUGAAGACCCACAGCACCAUCCUCUGCUCAGACUGUGCUGGAACAAGCAAGAUCCCAACUAUCUAGCGACCAUGGCCAUGGAUGGAAUGGAGGUAGUGAUCCUGGAUGUAAGAGUACCCUGCACCCCUGUGGCGCGGCUCAAUAACCACCGUGCAUGUGUGAACGGCAUUGCUUGGGCUCCACAUUCCUCAUGUCACAUCUGUACUGCAGCUGAUGAUCACCAGGCACUGAUUUGGGAUAUCCAGCAGAUGCCACGAGCCAUUGAAGACCCAAUCCUGGCAUACACAGCAGAAGGAGAGAUCAACAACGUCCAGUGGGCAAGCACCCAACCAGACUGGAUUGCCAUCUGUUACAACAAUUGCCUGGAGAUCCUCAGAGUCUGACUUUAUUUAUCCCAAGCCCCUUUUUACCCCUUCCCUCCUCAUCCUGUCCCAGAAGCUGUUUUUUUUUUUUUUUUUGUACAUCGUUAGUAUCUCUUUUAACCUAUAAUAUAUUCAUGUUGGUUUUUUGGGCCAUCUUAAAUAAGCAGCGACGUUUACAUACAGAUGCCUGAUGGGUAAUGUAGUUGCUGUCUAAUUUAUUGGCAUCUUGUGACUCAUCCCGAAAUACUGUAAUAAUAAACCAGGCCACCGAAACAGGAGCUGGCGGAACCUCAUACACUUCCCCGGAGUCAAUAAUUUUAUUCUAUUACGUGUCGACAACUUAUUAGCCAUCAGUAUCUUCUUGCUGUGUUUUAAUUGUAUUACUUUGAGGGCAAUACUUUCUGCUGAACACCUGAUAGCGCUUUUGUAGUAUUCGUAGCAUGUAUGUGUUUUGUCAUUUUGGUUUUGCUAGUGCUGAUUACUUGCAUCACUUAAAGGGCUUUGGAGAUCAGAAAAACAUGGUAGCAUUAGAGGCAGAGGUUGUAAGAGCUCAUUUGCGUACCCUCUUGCCAGUUUUCUUACAAAAAUAACACCAGCCCCCUCUACAGGUUGUGUGUGACACUGCAGGUGAGUCCCAUUCACUCCAGUGGAGCUGAGCUACAAUUCCGCACACAGAUACAGUCACUGUUACUGGAAACAAGCUGAGAUGCUUUUUUUUUUUUUUUUUUUUUUUUAUUAUUUUUUAAUACUGUCGGUGAGAAUAUUAUUGGAUAUAGACGUGUGAAUCCCUUUUUUUCUUUUUCUUUUUUAUUACUCUUCAAAAUAAAUGGUACCUUGCAGUUUGGUUAGGAAGUAGACAUUGGACAUUGACAGCUCAGCUGUCUAGAGGUGGGCUGUUCUUGGCGAUCAUCUGGCAGGGCAUGCUCGAGAUAGUUCCACAAUAGCCACCAAGAUUCCUCAAUGUCCUGUACCAUGAAAUGUAAAUGUCAGCAGAACGGGUCCCCCAAUAAAUUUAAAUUGCCUAUCCAAGUGCUUGUUUUAACCGCUUUUUCUUGCAGUACGUGCAUGUUUUGUAUGGUAGGUGUUAUAUGAUUACUUAGAGGUAUUAAUAGUUUGUUUUUGUUUUGUUUUUUAUUUGUUUAUCUGAUAGUUUUUAGUAAUUUUUCAUACAUAUAUAAAAAAAAAAUUUAAAUACAAAAAAGCAGCCUCCC